UGUUCAUCUGAACACGUAUCUUAGGAUUUGUCAUCUUUUAGAAGGUAUCAAGAGAAAACGUACGAUUCAUGGAACUUCAUGCUUCUUCUCAUUUAACAGGUUAUAUUACAGACUUUUAUAAAAGGCAGUUUAGUUUUAUCAACAUCUGAAUGAUCAAAACAUCUGUAAAUCAGCAACUGUAGCAUGCUCUCAUAAUCCCAUUCGUCAAAAGGACACAAGCAGAAUUAAGAAAAUGUGUUGGAGAAGAUACGUUUUAAUACUACUGAUGAUUUCAUUUGUUGUAGGCUCUGUUAAACAUGGGGAACCAAGUUUAAUAUAUCCCACUGGAGUCCAGUAUGUUGACGUGGAAAUAGGGAAGGGAAUACAGAUAAACUGCACAGUUUAUACUGGUGAAACUGCAGAACUGCCUUAUUGGUUAAAUGGAACCAACUUCAUAAGCAAUUCAAGAUUCACCGAAAUAUCUGAGAAGCCAGAAAGCAAUAUUGCAUUUGAAAUACUUAAAAUUGAAUAUGUUGUUGAAGAGGAUUUGCUCCAUAAUUACACCUGUAUUUUGCCCACAAUAUAUAACUUUAAAAAAGGAACAGUCAUUCUAAAGAAAGUAGUACCUCCUGGACCAGAUAUUAGUCAUCUUUCUUACUAUUCAACAAUGUCAGCUGCAGCUGUUGUUCCAGUCAUAAUUAUAUUGAUGAUGGCACUAUACCUCAUAUACAGAGUGGAUAUUGUCCUAUUUUAUAGGAAGAUAACAGGAAAAAAUGAAACAUUUGAAGAUGGGAAGGAAUACGAUGCAUAUGUCUCUUAUUUAAGAAGAAGCAACUCUUUUCACAGUACUGCAGAUGACACAAUAUUUGCCAUGGAGAUACUACCUCACAUACUUGAAGACCAUUUUGGAUAUCAGUUAUGCAUUUUUGAAAGAGAUAUUUCUCCUGGAGGAGGAUCCUUUCCAAAUAAUGCUGAUGUCAUCCUGAAACCUGUAAUAAACUUUUAUAUGGAUAUGAUAGUUAGAUUGAAAGACAUACUUCCUUUCCCUGUAUGCCAUGACACUAUUGGCAUAUGCUCCCCCACAAGUCGAUCCCAUGGCUAUUCCAAUUAA